ACUAAACCAUCCCUUUCUUCGACCUCGCAAUCUAAGCACACAGCCGAAAGAAAAACCCGUCCCUUUACUUCCACAUCACACAAUCCAUUACUCCCUCUUCCUCUCUCCCAGCGGCGACCGGAGCUGAUCUCCAGAAAAAUGGCAGGCAGCGAAACCAGGCGUGUUUGUUUCCGUUCCCGGAGGAAAGCAGUAGCCUGACUUGUGAAUCCUUAGCCGUCGAUUGCAGCAACCAUUGUCGCCAUACCCAACACUGUUCUGACCAUGGUGGUCUCAAGACUCUCUACACACACUCGUUCUUCACUCGUCUCUGCAAUCAAGAGCUUCACAAGCAACAAAUAUCUCCCUUCAGGGAAACCCGUACACGCCCAAAUAAUUAAACUCGGUUUUUUACCUGAAACUCAACUAUUCAAUCACCUAGUAAACUUCUAUGCUAAGUCUUCGGAUUUUUCCUCUGCUCAAAAGGUUUUCGAUGAAAUUCCUGAGAAGAAUUUGGUCUCCUUUUGUACCUUAAUUUCUGGCUAUUCACAAUCAAAUACUCCACGGUAUUCUCUUGAUCUUGUACCUCAUUUGCAAAAUUUGGGUCUAAGUUUAAACGAGUUUGUUUUCUCUAGCUUGAUUCUGUCUUGUUCAAAGCUGAAACGUGUUGAUGAAGGGAAGCAAAUUCAUGCACUGGUGAUAGUUUCUGAUUUUGAAUCUGACCCGUUUGUAAAAACCUCUCUCGUUGAUAUGUACUCAAAGUUCGAUGACUUGGACUCUGCAAUUUCUCUUUUCAAUUCAAGCCCAAUUGGAGACCCAGUACUCUAUAAUUCAAUGAUCUCUGGACUUGUGACCUUCUGUUCUUAUGAAGAAGCAAUUGAAUUGUUUGUGGAGGCACGACGUGCAAUUGAUCUAAGGCCAACAGAGUUUACUUUCGGAAGUAUUAUCAAGGCUUGCUCAAAUUUCAGUAAAGAGGUUGGUAAACAAAUGCACGGCUUCAUCUUAAAGACUGGACUCGAGUCCAAUUGCUUUGUUGGAACCUCUCUCAUUGACAUGUAUGGUAAAUUAGGUGAUAUGGAAAGUCUGAUAAAGAUUUUCAUGAGCAUUACAUCCAUUGAUCUUACUUUGUACAAUUCAAUGAUCGCUGGGUUUUCAAAUAACGGUCAUCACGAAACUGCAUUGAGGUUCUUUGGUGAAUUGAAGUUACAAGGUUUUAGUCCAGAUGGGUCUACUUUCUCUAGUGUUCUUAAAGCUUGUGGUGGCUUAAAUCAUAUAGAAUUGGGAAGGAUAAUCCAUGGAGCUGUGCUGAAGUCUGUGUUCCAGAGAGACCUGGUUAUCAACACUGCCUUGAUUGAUAUGUACAUUAAAUGUGGGCACAUUGAGAAGAGUUGUAGAUUGUUUGAAUCUAUGCCUGAAAGAAAUGCAGUUGUAUACAACUCCAUGAUUUGUGGGCAUGGAGAUACUGGAAACUUUGUCAAAGCAAUUAGUUUAUUUGUUGAUAUGAGUCGUAAGAGGAUUGAUCCUAAUCAUGCUACAUUUGUUGCAUUAUUGAACUCAUGUUCUGGUCAUGAGAGGAGCAUCUACCCUCAUGUGAUUAAGCGGGGUUUUGGAUGCGAUUUGACUGUGCAGAAUGCCCUUUUGGAUGGCCUUAUCAAAGAUGGAGCAGUUGCUGAAUCCCAAUGGUUUUUCAAUAAAAUGCAUGAAAGGGAUGUUGUUUCAUGGACUACAGUCAUAUCAGGAUUGUCUCAGUUGGGUAUGCAUUCAGAUGCUCUGGAACUUUUCAAAGAUAUGCAAUUCCUUGGGGUUUGUCCCAAUAGUUUUACUCUGUCUAGUGUUUUAAAGGCCUGUGGCAGUUUAGUUGAUUUGGGGAAAGGGAAAUGUAUCCAUGGAUGUAGUGUAAAACAUGGGAUCAUAGAUGAGUUCAUAGAUAGUGCACUUUUGGACAUGUACGCUAACUGUGGGGCCUUUGAGGAGAGCAGCAGAUUGUUUGAUGUGUCAAGUAAAGUAGAUGUAGUUUCAUGGAAUGCAAUGAUCACAGGGUGUGCCCAACAUGGGAAUGGUCACGAGGCCCUAAAUAUUUUUGAAAGUAUGAUGGAGCAUGGAGUUGAACCAAACCAGGUGACCUUCACUUCUUUAUUGUCUUCCUGUAGCCAUUGUGGGCUAGUAGAUGAUGGUGUUCGUGUCUUUGAAUCAAUAUCUUGUAAAUAUGGUAUGAUACCAUCCAUCGAACACUACGCAUGCAUGGUUGAUAUGUUUGGUAGGGCUGGAAUGCUGGAUAGAGCAAAGCUCUUGAUUGAGAACAUGCCAUUCCGACCUGAUAUAUCUAUCUGGAAUACAUUUUUAGCCUCUUGUAAGCUUCAUGGGGAUGUCACACUUGCCCAACUUGCCAAGGACCACAUUUUGGGUAUGGAAGGUCAAGAUACCACGUCUGUCAUUCUGAUGUCUAACAUCUAUUCUGAAGUAGGUCAGUGGGAUGAUGUAGAGAAGCUGAGGAGGAGAAUCAAAGAUAGAGGAGGAAGAAAAGAGCCAGGACUCAGCUGGGUGCAGAUAAAAGAGACAGACAAGUCAUGUGCCUUGUGAGGAAUAAUAAUACUCAAUUGAUGUAAGUUUUAAUAGCCAAAGAGAGGACCCUGAAACACAAACUAUGACUAAUGGAAGGUUGUAAGUUGUAACCAUGAGAUGAGCUCAUCUUAUUUCUUUGGAACACUUGGGAAUGACUCACAGGCAAUGUGAGGGAUCAAACCCCCUGAUUCAUGUCCAUAGCUUCAUAAAAUUUAUGUGACAACCUUCUACUUGGGGUAAAGCAAGAAGUGCUUGUGACAUUUACACACGGUUCAAAAUUAUUGGGUCUGGAUACAAUUCUGACUGCUGGGUUAAUUUUAAAUGGUCCAUUUAGCCAUUGAUCUGGCUUCAUCAUCUGAAGUAUCAUAGAAUUCAGAAAGGAAGAAUUUCACAUGUCCGUCAUUCUUGAGCAACCAUCUGUGGAAUGUCAUGUGCUUGAUAUCAUCUGACCAUUCAAAGCUACAAUUUGAAAAAAACAUCCCAUUGUAGAAACCCUUUUAAGAAAGAAAGGGGCACGCCCAAUGGUAAAUGUACAAAUGUUGCGACUUGGUGGUCAAGCGGUCGAAACAGCCUCUCGACAUUCUCGGGGUAAGACUGCAUAGUUCUCAUCCCCCGGACCUCGCACAUGCAGGUGCUGGAUUUGAUGAUGAGAAGUCAUUGCUCAUGUCAUGGAUGAGCCUCAAGAAAAGUUUUGAUAAGUCAACCGUGUUUGUCGCCUCUACACUAAUUGAAAAUGGUGGUGUUCCACAGUAAUACUCUGAUACUCUUCUUAAAGAAGCUAUCCAUGUUAUUAGUUGUGGAUAAGAGGACAAGACAGAAAGGGUAAGGGAGGUAUGUUGGUUUCUUUUGUUCUGACUCGUUAGUUUCCAUACUGGCUUACAAUUAGAAUUCGUAUAAAUGCCCUGUUACAAGACCCCUUCUAGAUUUAUGGAUUUGGAGAACAAAGCCGAUAUUGAUGGCACUCACCUACUAGAAUUUGUGUUUCUAUUCCUGCUUGUUUCUAAUUUUCACUGUUUUUAAUGGGAGCCUGGAGUUUACUUUUGAUUGAAGACUAGGUCACAUAGGAUCCCAGCCCCAGGCAGUAUCUGAAAUUCUGGCUGAAUAGGGAGAACACCUGUAGCCGAGGGUGGGAACUUCAACUGGUCUUGAAAAGUGGGUACCCUUGGUACCUGUAAUCAGAUCCCAGAAUUGGAAGAUCUGAGGACAGGUUCCGAAUUAGGAAACUAGUAAACUAGGGAUGGUCUUCAGGAACAGCAGCUAGAGGGCUCCAGUGGUCACCAAGCUUGGUCGAGUGGUCCUCUUGGAGGCUAGAAUAAAACCUCAAAAAGGUUGGUUGAUCAGGAUUCAGGUGUGGGAGAUGUGGCCAAAUCGAUGGAGCUUCAAAACCCGGACAAUGGCUGCAAUUGAUUAUGAUCUCCUUGGCUGUGCUUGAACUGAUCUGUAGGCUGAACUUCAGGUCUUCAAAUAACUCUCAAACACUUGCAAAGGCUAAACAGAAAAUAAGAAAGAAGAAAAGAGAGAUCGAUGGAGGGUUGAGAAGGGGGGAAAAAGGUUAAAUUUUGGGCAUCUCACGCCUCAGAUUUGGGCAUCUCACGCCUCAGAUUUAGGCAUCUCACCUAGGGCCUUUCACCCAACUUUAUCCCAGCCAAAAAAAAAAAGCCAUAUCUAGAUCAUUCUUCAUUAACUUUUUAAAUUGUUUACAAUGGUCUCACUUAUAUAGAUUUGGCACAUCCUUACAAUUUAGAAAACCCAAAAUAGAAACUAACUGAUUUUAGCAACUAAAUACUAACUUUUUCACUAAGAAACUAACAUAAGACCAUAAAGGACUCUUCUAGAAUACAAAACUGACUUUGGCUACUUGUUAACACAAAAAGGAAACAAAAAAGGGACCAAAUUAUUGUUCACGGGUACUGUUUAUAUGAACAGUAAUUUCUGGUUUUGGGUUGGAUUGAUGGGCCAACAUUGAGACUGGCUGGUCUGGUUCGAUGGAACCAGCAGCCCCCUCUUUUGCAAGCUCGAACUACUUCAACUCUCUCCCCCUUAGAAAGAAAAUUUGCCCUCGGAUUUUGAAGAAUGUAAGGGUGAUUGUAGUAUGGUGCACAUCCAUCUUCAAUCCUAGAAAAUUCUGGUGACUCUUUGAAUGUAUAGAUGUAGUCACAUAAGGUCAUGGCAACCCAGAUCCAUUCUCUACUCAAGGGAAGGAUAGGUCUGCGGGAAGGCAAGCAAUUACUGAGGACUCUUUCAGAUGAUGGAAGAGAAGGGGCCGGAGAAGAAAAGGUGAUCAACAUCUUCAAUGUCAUUAUAGCAGAGGCAACAUGCACGGGAGGCCUGGAUGUGCCAGUGGAGGAGAAAAGGCUAGUUGAGGAGGCAAUUGGAGAGUGCAUGCCACACAAUGAAGCUGUGACGAGGGAUGUGGGCCUUUAAAACAAAUGAUGUUUCUCUAGUGAAUGAUAGGGGCUUUGAAUAGGAUGAGAUCCCAAGCAGAGGCCGAAGAGAACCGCCCAAGUUGGACGGGUCCAAACAACGAGGUCAUCCCUUCCUAAUUGGCCCAGGGGAUUGGGGGGAAGGGAGGCCCAGAGAUCAGCAAGGGGAGGAGAGGAGGGAGGAGGGGGACCAAAUACCAUGGGACAUGAUAGAGGAGACUUUGGCAUUACGGCUCAGACGAGGGGAGUAGAUUAUCUUGGGGGUAACCAGAGGCUGGAGGAUACCCGAAGGGUGCCAAGGGUCGAGCCAAAGAGAGGUUCUACAGCCAUUUCCAAUGGAACAAGAGAUAGCACUCAUGGCAAUAGGUCUGGAGAAGAGGAUUUUGCGCUAGAUCCAAGAGGCAUUAAAAGGGGGGAGGGGCAAAGGAAUAGUCCGGAUACUAUUGCUCUUGGAGGCAAUCUUUCAAAUAAGCUUGAGAAUGCCAACACAGUUGACAUCUUUGGUUCUUCUAAGGCCAAGCCUACCAUCAUAUUUAGGGAGGCAGACUUGAUCCUAGCUCAUAAGUUGAAGGAAUCUAGAAGAGUCAGUACCUUUCAAGAGGAAGGAGUAGAGAAGACUCUCAAUGGAUUGAUUACAGAAGCCGGGAGCACAAAGAUGCCUCUCUAGUAGAUGUACAUGGAUUGGAGGACAGAGCCAAUGAGCACAAGGCAACUUGCAUAGAGAGGAGGUUGGCCUUCCAGAGCUGGAGCUUCUUAUGCAGAAGGUCAAGAAUAGGAGAACGAUGCUGGGCGGAGAGCCUAGAAGUGUUAAGAGGGAGGCCAAGAUAUUUGACAGUAAAGGAGCCAAGGGAGAGCCCCAUGAUCUAGAGAAUGAGGGAACGGGUGAGAUCAGAAACACUCGAGAGAAAAAGACUGGACUUUAGGAGGUUAAUAUGGAUGCCAGAGAGGGACUGAAGAGACAGAGAGGACAUGAUGGAAGAGAUGGAGGAGGGGUCAGCCUUGGAGAAUAUCAUGAGAUCAUCGGCAAAGGCAAGAUAGUGAAAAGGAUUGGUUUGCAUUUGGGAAUUCGGGAUAUGAGGUGGAUAGUGGAGAUUUGAAUGGAACGGGAGAGAACCUCAAAGGCUAUGAAGAAGAUAUAGGGAGCAGCCUUGCCUAAAACGUUCGAGGAGGGGAAGAAUCCGACGGGCCUACCAUUGAUAAGAACGGAGAAGGAAGGGGAGGAGAUGCAAGGAGGUAACCCAAUGGACCAAAGAGGGCGGGAAGGACAAGAUGUUAUUGGGUUUUAUUUAGUAGCGUCGUCUAAGAUGUUAUUGGGUUUUUUUAGUUCUAGAGGAAUUCUUUAUGGUAAAAAAAUGUUAGGAUGGCCAUAAAGACCGACAAGCAUGUUCUUGACGGCCUCAUUUCAAUGGUGGAUGAUGUGUUCUACGUUUUACAGAGUUGUUGCAGAUUUAUGGUACAAAAUGUUGGGAAGGCCAUAAAGAUUGACUUGCAUGUUCAUAACAGCCUAACAACUUUGAUGAUGGAUGAUGUGUUCUAUGUUUUACAGAGUUGCUGCAGAUGGGCAAUAUGAACUUCAAAUAUUAAUUCAGCCCUCGCAGUUCUUUAUGGUGCAAUGACUUUGUUGAGCAAUUAGUAGGAGGCACUAGGUGAGAGAGCCAAACAUGGGUGCAAAGCUGUUCCAAGGUAGUGUUUUUUCCUCUUUUUUUUUUUUUUUUGGUGAAUAAAAAAGCAUAUGGGAAACAUUCCAAGGUGGUGUUGGUGUGCUAAAGAUGGGCACAGAGAUUGCAACAGCUCUAAACAAUAUGGAUGUAAGUGAGUAUAUCCUAAAACUGCACCAUAAGAUUGAGGAGCAAUGCAUCAAGGUCAGUGGUCAAUUUUUUUUAGCUUUUUUUGUAUUAAUUUUCUGUGAUAGAAAUAAUCUAUCCAAAGACAAUUUGCUGAUGCAGUGGAUGAUUCUUUCUACUCCACCUACGCUAGGAUCAGGAUUCGUAAAUACAAAAAUGAUUAGCACUUAUGAAAAGAACUUUAACGAGGGGUUUCAACCGAAUGAUCAUGCUCUUACAAAUUGGUAUACAUGAUUCAUGUUAAAAUCCAAUUUACAAAGAUAUUUCCUUCAGCCAGAAGGGACAACCAUUUUAGCGACAAGCUUCCAAAUUACAUUUUAAAUUUCAGCAGAGUGAGCAAACCAUCUUUCUACACUACAAUUUUUCCUGUUUUAAGGAAUAAUUUGCAUGUUGAAAUUUCUGUCUUUUUAAAUCGCACACACUCGCUUAUACAGAAACAUUUGUUUGAUUGGAUCAGGAGAAGUCACCAGCGGGGAAUGCAGUCGUUUUAUUUUCAGGACUUCAAUCAUAAGAUACAGCAGGGACGAACACACUUAGAGAGAGUGGCAGUUUGGAUGCAGUUCUCAAGCAAAUCAAAGAUCCCAGUCCGAAGGUCCCACCUCUCAUCAAUCUUUACCGUUAAGAUUGUUGCAUUUGCAACCAGGAGCUUCUCUCGAGUGUAUUUUGUAUGAGGGUGUAAUUGAACUGGAAUCCUACUUUUAAAAGGUGAAGAUUUGGGGACAAGGAGUUAAAAAGGCGAAUGAUUUCAUUUUUUGCAGAUUCUUGGAGAAGUUCUCAUUGAUGAUCUAAUUAGCGUAGAUGAGCGGAGAUGGGCUUCACAUGAAGUAAAUAAGAAUGAAAAACGACAAAUAUCUGCUCAAUGGUCCCUCAUGCUAUAUAGUUUUGAUUAUACAGAAUGAGAAACCGGCAGCGUUUCUACAAGAAAGCUGGACGGAAGGAGGUUACUAGUAAUGAGUACUUGUUCUUUGAUUAUGGAUUGAGAGUAUAACAGAAGAAUGGAAGCAGGUUACUAUAGUUUAGUUUGGAUUGUAUUUUCAAAAUUUGAACUCUGAUCAAAGGGAGUUCAGCUCAUCUUAAAUUUUUCCUGAGCUGUAAAUCUUAAGAAAUGUAGAAAUUUUUAACUGAUAAAAGCAGAACAGUUUUUGGCAUA